AUGGCGACUGAAGCUGAAGCGUCGACAUCUACUGCAGAUAAACAGCCGGCCCCGUGGCAAUCUUAUCACACCGUCUACACCAAUGCUAAAGCAGGCAUGGAUGGAGUAGACAAGGAGAAAGUGCAACGAGUAGUUUAUGAGAUGAGCAAGGGCUCAAAGUAUUUUGAGAAUGAGGAAAGAAAAGAGGCCACUAUGAAGCAGAAAGUAGAAAGCAUGCGGGCCUACUGUGCAAAGCUGAAGCCAGCUGAGAUAUCUCAUUAUGAAAAGGUCGCAGAUAAAAGAAUUAUAGACUUAGAAGCUACACGCGACCUUUCAAGGACUUGGCUACAUGUGGACAUGGAUGCUUUCUAUGCAGCUGUUGAGACAUUAGCCAACCCUUCAUUGAAGGGGGAGCCAAUGGCUGUCGGAAGCACUUCAAUGAUUGCAACUGCUAAUUAUGAGGCUCGAAAAUUUGGUGUUCGUGCUGCAAUGCCUGGGUUUAUAGCACGCCGUUUAUGUCCAGAGUUAAUUUUUGUCCCGCCUGAUUUCAAGAAGUAUACUCAUUAUAGUGAGUUGACUAGAAAAGUUUACCAGAAAUAUGAUCCUCAUUUCGUUGCUGCAAGUUUGGAUGAAGCAUACCUUGACAUAACUGAGAUCUGCAAAGAAAGAGGCGUUUCAGGUGCAGAAGUUGCUCAAGAGCUCAGGGAAGGCGUCUUCGAGGAGACUGGCUUAACAUGUAGUGCUGGAAUUGGUCCAAAUCGCUUACUUGCUAAGGUUUGCUCUGACAUAAACAAGCCAAAUGGGCAGUUUGUUUUACCAAAUGACCGAAUGGCUGUAAUGACAUUUAUAUCCUCACUUCCAAUAAGGAAGAUUGGAGGGAUUGGCAAGGUAACUGAACAUAUUUUGAGAGAUGUACUCGAAAUUUCCAUGUGUGAGCAUUUGCUACAGAAGGGAGGACUUCUCUGUGCACUAUUUUCUCGUUCUGCAGCAGACUUUUUCCUUUCUGUGGGACUUGGGCUUGGCCAGACAGAAACCCCCCAGGUGAGAUCUCGAAAAAGUAUGAGCAGUGAGAGAACUUUCUCCGCCACAAACGAUGAAGUGCUCCUUUUUCAGAAAUUAGCUGAGGUUGCUGAGAUGUUGUCGGCUGACAUGCAGAAAGAAGGGCUAGGUGGUCGAACAUUGACUCUCAAAUUGAAAACUGCAUCUUUCGAGGUUCGAACUAGAGCUGUGACUUUGCAGAAGUUUGUUAGCUCAAAUGAAGACAUCUUGAAAUAUGCUUCAAAGCUGUUGAAGGCUGAGCUUCCUGUUUCUUUAAGACUAAUAGGUUUGAGAGUGUCCCACUUAAGUGAAGACGAGCAUGUUGGUCCAUCUGAUCCCACACAGAAAACUCUUGCGGACUUUGUUCUAUUGAGGGAUACGUGCAAGAGAAAGACGGGACAUCUAAGCUCUAAGGCACAUAAUACUGAUCAGCACUCCAUGGAUGAACUUGAAGCAAGUUUUCCUGUUGGAAGUGAAUUACAUAACUAUGAAUCAGGAGAUCCAUUUAAUUACAAUCAUGAUGAUAGCCAGUGUACCUUUGUCAACAAUGAAUGGGGGGAAAUCUGCGUGUUGUCCAGCAGCAAAAUUGCAGACAAGGAUGAAACUGAGGUGUUAAAGUUGAAAGAUGAGUUCAUCAUGGUCAGUGACACAAGUCCUUCUUCCAAAUGGAAAGGCCACUUGUAUUGGGUGGAUGACUAUAAGUGCUCUCUAUGUGGGAUUGAGAUGCCGGCAGAUUUCCUCGAGGAAAGACAAGAACAUUCUGAUUUCCAUCUUGCCGAGAGGCUUCAGAAGGAGGAAUCUACCAGUAUCAUCAAUCCGAGAACUUCUCUGCCACUUAAAAGGUUUGCCUCGAAAGAUGCUACAUCGACUCAAGGUACGCGGAAGAAGCACAAGACAACUCCACAAGAAGGCAAACAUAUCCCCAUUGAUAUGUUCUUUGCGAAGAGUAAUCAUAAUCAGAAACUUUAG